AAAAUGGCGGGAGCAAACAGGUUCUAGCGGGAAAAACCCAACCACCUCACUUAAAAGCGCGGGAAGCCGAUCCCAAGAGGCACAGAGAAACCAGAGAGAGAGAGAGAGAGAGAGAGAGAGAGCUAUCAGAUAUGGUGGGAGUAGCGCACGACUGCCUGGCCAACCCUCUCGGCGCCGUCCGAUCAACUUUCGAAAAGGCCGUCUCUUCCGGAUCCGACCCGGUCAACUUCGCCGGCCGCGACUGGGGCGCCGUCGACCUCUUCCGCCGCUUUCUCUUCGACGACGGCGGCCUCUCUCAGGUUCCGAUUUUGAAUUCUUCAACUAUUAGAUGGAUUCAGCCCAAUACUCUGGUUCGGUUUCGGGGGAUGGUGCAAGAUAUGCUGGGAAAUGAGCUCUAUGUGGGUGCUUAUAAGGAUGGAUCGGUUUGGAGAACUAACAAGUUUGUGGAUGUGGCUCAAUACCCUAUUGAUUCUUGUUCCGAAACUCGGAUAUGGGAACGCCGUAUGCUCUACUGUGUUCCGGUUCCGGGACUGAAUUCGUGGACUGAACCUCCGGCAGUGGUGUAUAGAAGUAUGGAUUCGACAACCCAACAUGGAGAGAAGCGCCAGAGAUUGGAUGAAUCUACAGAUAACAUGGAUUUUGAUGUCUCAGAUGAGGGAUUUCAAGGUUCUCCAUCCCCCAAAAAACUGAAAGAGGACGGACAUCCUUCCCAGUCUCAGGAGUUGAACGUUGAGGGCACCAGCUCUAGUAUGAGUAUGCUGCCUGAUGUUAACAGGGAUUCACUUCCUUGUCUUGUUAAGAUAUAUGAUUGUCCAGAGUCUGACAUGAAGCUAAAUGAGGUUUUUGAGUUUGUUGGAGUGUUCACUUUUGAUCCAGAGUUUAAAGUGGAAAAUGAUGAUGAUGAGUUUGCAAAUGGUUUUAGUGAAGAUGUCUUGGUUCAGUUGCCCCCCAAUAAGGUGCCACGUCUCCACUGUCUUACUCACAGGAAGCUUGCAGUUCAGGACUUCCUCCCUAGCUCCCCCACAAUGGAGGUAAAGCCCAACUUGGUGAAAGAUAUCAGAAAUGCUCUGUUGAGGCAUCUUACAGCUGUUCUUGGUAAUGAUGGUGUAGCUGCUGAAUUCCUGCUCUUGCAUCUUUUGUCCACGGUGUAUUCUAGAGUUGGCACUGUUGCUGUGGGGAAGCUUUCUCUAAAUCUCAAUUGUUUCAACAAAGAAAGUGUGCCUGUGUUUGGCCCUCGUCUUCUCCUUGCUAUCAAGAAUCUCUUACCUUUCACACACUGUAUAUCUCUAACAGUGGAUUAUCUUAACACUGCUUCUCUUGCGCCAAAAAAAGAUUAUGAGACAAACAGACUGAUUACUGGAGCUCUGCAGCUGGCUGAGGGUUCACACUUGAUCUUUGAUGAGACCCAGUUGGAAGCUGGGACUCUCAACUCUGUUGGGGUUGAAAAUGCAAGAUUGCUUAAAACUCUAAUGGAAAUGCAAAAGGUGGAAUAUGAUUUUCAGUACUAUAAAUUGGACAUGGACGCUGAUGUCCAAUUGCUUGUUCUUUCUGAAGGCAAAUCAAACGUCUUACCAGCUGACAUAGUUUUACCUUUCCAACCCUCUUCAGUGGAUUCCUUUGAAGCCACUGCAGAAGCACUAGAGGCUUGGAGAUGGUACUUGGCUACUGUUAGAUCAUUGCCCCAUUCUAUAGAGCCAGAAAUACAGAAGGUGAUAGAAAAUGACUUGGUUGAAGCAAAGCAAGCAGAUAGGAGUAUAGGCAGCCAAGACUUCAGCAGAUUGCUGACAAUGGGUCGACUGUUGUCUAUGAGUUUCGGCGAAACCAGCCUAUCAUUGGAACAUUGGCAGAUGGUCAAGGAACUGGAGAGGUUAAGAAGAGAGAGGAUCAAGUGAAAGUAAAGUUUAGUUACUGAUUUAUGUUCCUGGUGUAAAUUCUAGCCAAUGUACUGUACUUCAAGUUCAGAGGCUUUUGUAAUCAAAUGAUGUGCCGUUUAAUCUAAUAUGCUGCCUCUCAAUUUUACACCAAAUUUAUGAAUUUAUGAUCAUUCUAUUUGGUUACUGAUUAGUACCUUAUAGAUUCUCUUAGUCUUUCAUCUUAUUGCUGGGAAAAGUGUGAGGUCACAUAGAAAAUGGAAAAUUACUGAGUACAGAGUGAAGAGUAAAAGAACUGGAGAGGUUCAAGUGAGAGUAAAGUUUAGUUACUGCUUUAUGUUACUGGUGUAAUUUCUAGCCAAUGGCUGGCUGUACUUCAAGUUCAGAGGAUU